UGGCUGUGUGUGCCCUCCGAGCCCUCCAAGGCCACCGUCGCCACGACAGGCCAGCCCGCCUACGUCGGCGGAGGGCUGUGCCUCACCGCUCGCGUUACCGCUCCACGAUUGGUCGCUCCAUUCCGGCGAGCCAAGUCACGUGACCGGGCCGCCGCCACAUUAAAGGACGACUUCCACCUCGAUGCCGAAGUGGACUCCCAGCCGCCCCCUCCCGGAACGAGGAAAGAGACAGCAGUAACAACAGAGACACCGGGAACACCGGAGAGGCGAAAAAGAUCGUGGAAAUUUCGGUCCUGGCGACUGGAGACGACCGUCUCUUUCUACGGGACGUCCUUCGCCUCUCUUGCCGCACCUUCUCGCUCGGCGGGUACCUCCACCACGGGCCUCGCGGACCCCCCACCUUCCCACGGCUGCUAUCUCUACAUCCUCUCUCUCUCCUCUGUCACUUACCAAGUAUACCGCGAUCGGUGACUGGCUUGGCGUACCCUAGCCCGCUUGCCUGGGUUUCGGCCGAUCGGCACCGGUCACGGCAGCCGCGGUACGCGCGAUUCGCCACGGCGUUCUCCGUCGAUCGGUCGGACUAUCGAUCAACCCGUCGCGGCUACGUGUGACAGUGGUGAUUUGUGCUUGGUUGUUCCCGCAUUGAGAUGGCGGAUCUAUGAAUCGGAGCUCUUGUCCGAGCUACGUCGAUCGCGAGUAAACAGUGUCAUGUUCGUAGCGUGGUCCACAAGUCUGCUUCUCGUUGAUACCAGGUGAAUUUAAUAUCAUGAGACAAGUUACUCCAGUUAGUUUGUAAAAGAAGAUGAGUACGGAUACACAGUUUAUGAUGAUAUAGUGAAUAUCACUGUGUGUAGUGAAUACGUGGUAAACAAUUGUAAUUAACAAUUGCUAAUCGAUGUAUCUCUUGGCAUAAACCAUAAUGCAACCACAUUUACCAUUAGAAGAAACAAACUGCACUGAAAAUUAGUGCACAUUAUCCCAUGCGUAGCAAGCAACAAACAUUAGUACACCCCGAAGAGAAUCCGCACCAAUCGCAGUUGUCCAGCUCUGGCAAUCUGCAGCUCAUUCAAUCAUCUCAAUCAUCUCAGCUCAAUCAUCUUCAGAAUUUGGUUCACGCGAGUAAAGAACUAUCGACCGUGAAGACGAGGCCGACGACACCCGUCCUGGCGAACGACGGAGGGGGCAGCUUCUGGCUGGCCACGGUGGCCGCGGGGGCAAGUACCCCAGCCGGGCUGCCCCCGCACGGAACUCAUCAUCCAGCCAUGGAUCCAACAUGCGGAUCCGCCGAAACCGGCUUCAUCAACAGUCAACCCUCCAUGGCCGAAUUCAUGACGGCAUUGCCGCAAUUAGCUGGGGACAGCAGCCUACAACACUCGCCGGGGACCGGUGGUUCCAUCAGUCCUGGUGCUCAUCAUCCCGCGUAUCAUACUAUGAUGGAUCCCCAUGGUGUCGCUGACCCCUCAGGUGUCAACGUUCCUGAGUAUCCCUGGAUGAAGGAAAAGAAAACUACUAGGAAAAGUAAUCAGCAAGAGAACGGUCUGCCAAGAAGAUUACGAACGGCUUAUACAAAUACGCAACUUCUCGAGCUGGAGAAAGAGUUUCAUUUCAACAAGUAUCUUUGUCGACCACGAAGGAUAGAGAUCGCAGCUUCAUUGGAUCUUACAGAAAGACAGGUAAAAGUUUGGUUUCAAAAUCGACGAAUGAAACACAAACGGCAAACGCUCAGCAAGGAAGACGGCGACGAGAAGGAUGGCUCCACUUCGGAUGGCAUGGAAAAGCCCAAAAGCGAUAAAAUGUUAUCAGAUAACGACGAGAAAAAGAGCUGUCAUAACUGUGAUAUUUCGGGCGUGGGCGAUGUCGGAAGUACCUUAACCGGCGACGUUACUGAUUUAGGAUCUUCCGGCCGAAGAAACAGCAACAACAAUAACACACCUGGUGCAACCAACAACAAUAAUAACAACAACAACAGUAAUCCUGGUUUUAAUACGAACAGCAAUGGUGCUAGCAGCGUUGGCAGUACCAACAGCGUGUCCAGCUCGUUCGAGAAAAUGAUAGUGGAUGACGAUUCGAGGUCGCAAGAUGGAAGCGAAGUGACGUCGCCGAGCGUGACGAAAAAAUUGUCGGGCGAAGUGAGAGUGAAGGUUGAGAGCGGCCACAAAAGUCCGAACACAGCGAAGCAACAACAACAACAGAUCUCGGUAAGCAAGAAAUCGCCAUCGGCCAGCACGAAGGACAUGUGUUCGGUCAACAGCAAUGGUGUACUGUUAGCCAUGCCGGACUCGACGGUCAGCACGCCGGUUCUACCGGGUCAAAAUUCCACGAGAAGUUUAACGCCAUCCUCGACACCCGGUACUCCCGUUUCCGUCCAGCUUCAGCAAGGCAGUCCCCUCGGUAUCCAGCAAGCGGCUCACACGGCCUACAUGCAGAGACCGCGUAGCUCACCGUCCUCCACGACCUCGUUACCGGGUCCGAUGUUACACGCGUCUACGAAUCCGGGAACGAUGUCGCCGCACGGUGGCCGAAACAUCUCCAACAGUCAGCAAGCACACUUCCAGCAGCAGGGCGUGUAUCAGCCCACGCCGGGCAUCGAUUAUCGAAACGGCGUACCCGCAAACAGACAGAGCAUACCUACGGCGUCGCAACAGACCCAGUCGCAGAGCAGUUACUGCACCAGAGAUACGUAUCAGCAACCAAGAAUCUCUUAUCCGAGUGAGGUGAAUUCUCUAUACGUUAGACAGAAUCAGACGAUGGGUUCGAGAGUGGCGCAUCACGUGAGAGCGACGGGCACAGCAUCGAGAUCGAUGUACGGUGCCAACAUGCAGUUUCAUCAGCAACAGUUGCAGUACGGUAGCACCGGAGAGUAUAACGGAUAUCCUCAGGCUGGGCCACCUUAUCACACUUAUCACAGAGGUAUGCAAGGUACCAACGCGUACAAUUCCGGCCAGGGAUACUCGGCGACGCAGAACGAACAGAGCACCGACGGCUACAUGACGCCUGGAAAUUACGGUUACUCGACCGGCGGCAACUAUCAUGGAGCCGGCGAGAAUCUGGCGACACACGGGCACGCCGCUGUGUCCGCGCAGACCGGGCAGCAUUAUUUCAACGACAUCCAGCAGCAGCAGCAACACCCGCAGCAACACACCGCCGAGGGCUAUGUCACUCAUCAGCCACCGAUGCAUCCAAGUUCCGGCGACUACCGACCAGGGAACAAGUGUCACCCGGGAGCGUAUUACGAGCAGACUGCCAGUCAGUUGCACGUUCAUCAGGGCGGCGAGGCUUCCAGCAUCCCAAACAGUUACGUAUCGUCGCCCGAUCCAUUUCCGGCGCCUGGCAUGACGACAACCGCGACGGCGAUCGCAGCUGCUACCGCAGCGGUUAUCACGCCACCCGGAAGCGCCGGCCAGGCUGACGGCAACAACGAAUCCUACGGCAAUUAUGGCAAUUUUUACGGCGAACCGGUGCACACUGCCACGGCGCCGCCACCAUCCGCCGACAACAGUAACAGCUCGUCCGACUUCAACUUCCUCAGCAACCUGGCGAACGACUUCGUACCCGAGUAUUACCAGCUCAGCUGAGUCCACGAGACCGAAAAUCCUUGCCAACUGGACUGGGGCGAUGAGCAAUGCCUACUCAACGCUUUAUACUGAAGCGUGCCGCGUAAGAAUCUACGUGAUUUGUAUGUACUAUUAGUAUUCGUGAUUUAACUCUGCGUGUAAAUGGAAAUCGUGUAAAAAUGAAACGGACUC